AAAUGAAGGGGACGAGGGAUGAUGGAUGGUUGGAUGUCGACCAACCAUGUCAGAUUGGACUUCGUUUCAGAUUGCUCCCAAUCCACCCCAAACCACAUCUCUACGCUGCAUCUCCUCUCUCACUCUCUCAAUGGAGGGAGCUCUCUUCUCAAGCCGUCCAGCUUUCCCAACACAGACAUCGAAAACGCCGAGAAAACCCUCGACCAACCAUCCAAAGUUCAACCCACCACCACCUCCUCCUUCUCAUUCCGUCCCCUUGGACUCCCUCCUGCACCAUCUCCAGCAUCUCACUCAAGAGACCUCCACCGCUCUCCACCCACCUCAACCAACCAAUAAAAAUCCCAACUUUCCUUCUUUGCGCCUCGCUUCGACCACAAUUCACCGCGAAAAGGCACCUCCGGCGUCGCGCCCACGGCUCGCCGGCAGCGAAAAUGGUGUUCUGUUCCUGCGGGACCCUCGCCUCGGCUUCCUUUCCGGCGCAGGCAAGUCUUUGCUUAGAUCCAUCGUCGAACAGCCUCCUCUUGAUUUGGUGUCCCUGCUGGAAUCCAAAAAAGAUGAGAUUUUUGGCGUGGAUUGGGUCAGCCUCCUGAAGGCGCUCGAGAUCUUGGGCAACUGGGAGAAGGCUCUCGCCUUGUUUGAAUGGGCUGGAUCCGGUUCCAAUGCGGAGGGAUCCAGGUUAGACGCCCCGGCGAUCGAGGUGGUGAUCAGGGCGUUGGGUAGGCAUUCGCAGCACUCGAUCGCCUCGAAGCUGUUCGACUCUAUUCCUCUGGAGGAAUACUGCCUUGAUAUCCGCGCUUACACUACCCUGCUUCAUGCCUUGUCUCGGACUGGCAAGUACCGCAAAGCGGUCGCGUUGUUUAAGCAGAUCAAAGCCAAAGGGUUAUCGCCUACCUUGGUCACCUACAAUGUGAUUCUUGAUGUAUAUGGCCGUAUGGGGCGGUCUUGGAGUAAAAUUUUGGAAAUUUUGGAUGAAAUGAAUAGCAGAAAUGUGGGUAUUGAUGAGUUCACCUGUAGCACUGUCAUAUCAGCCUGCGGAAGGGAAGGUUUGUUGGAGGAGGCUUCCAUGUUUUUUGAACAAUUGAAGCUGCAGGGCUAUGUUCCAGGCACCGUCGCAUACAAUUCACUGCUCCAGGUGUAUGGUAAAGCUGGAAAGUAUCCGGCGGCCAUGGGGGUAUUGAAGGAAAUGGAGGACAAUAACUGCCCAGCAGAUGCAGUUACCUACAAUGAGCUCGUGGCGACCUAUGCUAGAGCUGGCUUUUAUGAAGAAGGGGCAGCAGUAUUAGACACAAUGGCUAGUAAAGGAAUCAUGCCUAAUUCUGUUACCUACACCACUGUGAUUAGCGGAUAUGGAAAGGCGGGAAAAGAGGAUGAAGCUUUGGCUUUGUUUGAUCGGAUGAAGAAGUUGGGUUGUGUUCCUAAUACUUGUACAUACAAUACGAUUCUUGGAAUGCUUGGAAAGAAAUCAAGGACAGGGGAGAUGUUGGACAUACUCUCCGACAUGAAGUCUAAUGGUUGUGUCCCAAAUAGGGUCACAUGGAACACAAUGUUGGCUAUGUGCGGGAAGAGGGGAAUGGAGAAUUAUGUCAGCCAAGUAUUUGAUGAGAUGAAGAAAUCAGGAGUUGAGCCGGACAGGGAUACCUUCAACACCUUGAUUGCUGCAUAUGGCCGGUGUGGGUCUAGCACCCAAGCUUUGCAGAUGUAUGAUGAGAUGGUCAAGGCAGGUUUUAGUCCUUGUACCACUACAUACAAUGCACUCUUGAAUGCAAUAGCUAGGAAAGGUGAUUGGAUAGCUGCGGAGUCUGUCAUAUUAGAUAUGAAGAAGAAGGGCUUCAAGCCUAAUGAACUUUCAUACUCUUUGUUGCUUCAAACUUAUGCUAAAGGAAGGCAUAUAAAAGGGAUACAGGCAAUUGAAGAAGAAGUUUAUGAUGAUAAAAUAUUUCCCAGCUGGGUGAUUUUAAGAACACUUAUUAUUGUCAACUUCAAGUGUAGAAUGCUAAAUGGCACAGAGAAGGCUUUUGAGGAGCUGAAGAGGAAUGGUUACAAGCCUGACUUGGUAAUCCUUAAUUCUAUGCUUUCAAUUUAUGCAAAGAAUGGGAUGUACGAUCGUGCUCGUGAGAUGUUUGACUUGAUUCAUCAGUUUGGAUUGCGACCUGAUCUCAUAACUCAUAAUAAUAUUAUGAACAUGUAUGCAAGAGGUGGAGAGUGUUGGGAAGCAGAAGACAUACUCAAGCAACUUGAAAAGUCAGGACUAAAGCCUGAUGUAGUGUCCUACAACACUGUAAUUAAUGGAUUUUGCAAGCAAGGUCUCAUGACUGAGGCCCUAAGGAUUCUAUCAGACAUGAUGGCUAAAGGAGUUACCCCUUGCAUGGUCACUUACAACACCUUCAUUUCUGGUUAUGUGAGCAAGGACAUGUUCAAAGAAGCUGAUGAUGUUAUUAGCUACAUGAUACAGCAUAACUGCAGGCCUGAUGAACUAACCUACAGGAUAAUUGUUGAUGGUUACUGUAAAGCCAAGAGAUAUGAGGAGGCUAUGGAGUUUGUGUCUGGGAUCUUAAAUAUGGAUUCAUCUUUUUCUGAGCAAUCAGUGAAUAAGCUAACUCUCCGGGUAGAAGAGAAUAAGUCUCGGCAUUGAUCCGUGCUCCACCAUUGCUGUUUGCAUAUUCUGAUUACUUGAAGAGCAUAGAGAACAUAGACUGUAAGCUUUGCCUUUGCGGAGCAUUUUGGUUCAACUGGGUGAUGUUUAAGCUGUAUGUUUAGGAGCAGAAUUUCAAUGAUGUAGGCUUGGCGGCACCAUGAGUAUAGCUCUAGGCGAGGAAGGAAGCAAUAUAUUGGUAGCUGACUUUUCUAUCUACUCUUCCAUCUACCUACUGUUUUCCAUUUCUAAACAACAACCACCCCCUCGGAGCAGCUAGCUAUUUUUUCCAUCAUGUUCCCAAGGUGCUUGGAUUUGAGAGGAAAGACCAAACAGGAAAUGGGUGUUGCAUAUCUAAAGCUAGUAUAAGACAUUAUUUUAUUUCAUUGCCCCAUUAAUUCCAUCUACUGGGGCCUUGCACCACAAACACUGAAUGCCAAGGCAACUUUUCUCAAGGUAUUCUUCUCACUAAGUGAACAGGUCUAAGCCACCAGAGCUUGCUUUCUCUUCUGCAAAGCUUUUACUUCUAACACUACUAAUUCAUGUGAAGACUUUUAAUUUGCAUAGUCUCAGUCCUUCCGAAGAUGUGGAUAUGGAUAGAACUUGAAUAAGUCUCUUGGCGGUGGUUGGCUCCAUUAAUAACAUAUCAUCAUCUUCUGUUAUAAACAUAACAUAUGGAUUUUAUGGAUCAAGUUCACAGCUAAAGCAUAUGAGCUACUUUCAGUAUUAGCUUUCCAGUUUUUUUUUUUUUGGUCAUAAAAUGCACUUCCAAUCUUGUGUUUAUGUGUUCCUCUCCUGAAUUGUAAUUUUUGGUGAUGGUGGUUUAUGAUUUUGGUAUUGGAGUGUCAUCAUCCCCGCAUCUUGUUCUUUUGUAGCAUCUGUACUUGCCAGGAAUGGUUUCAGAGCAUCAUGGAUUUUGGAACAGUUGCAUACUGGCAGGCUUUUUCCACAACAUUUAAGAGUCUGCUCAUGGCUUGUCAGCAACAGCUAACUACAUUACUAGCACGCUUCUUAUUUGGCUGUCAACCUCAAGUUGAUGUGCCAAUGAGCACAAAGGACUCAAUAGCAUGCAGUGACUGAUAUCACAGUUCUUUUUGCCUUUGGGCUACAAGAUUUUUCUGCACCAUAUUAACAAGGACCUUUGAUGCUUGACAUGUGCUGUCCCCAUUCACCAGAAUGCAAUGGAUUUACAUGAAUCACUAUCUGAUAUCAUUUUGAUGCAUAACAUAAUGUUCAGCUGAUUGAGGUACACAGUAUCACCAUAGAGUUUUUUUUAUGUUGUUGAUGUUAAGUUGAGUACAUAAAAAAUAUUUCAAAGAUGCUGUCUAGAAGUAUUGCUACCAGAUCAGCUGAUAAAGAUAGAUACGUGGGGCAUAAAUCAUCCAUGUUGACAACUUGUUCUCACAGUUUCAAAUGCAUGAGAAAGAAAGCAGCCUUCUCCUUCAUUUGUUUGGCAAGCAAUGAAGCCAAUUAGUACACCAGCAGAGGAGAUGCACCCCCAGUGGGUGAAAAGAGGUAAAUGUGUUUGGAUUAGAUGAUUUGGCCAAGCUUCUUUUUCUCUUUUUCUCCCACCCACUUUUCAUUUAUUGUGUCUGGUGCUGCUGGUCUUUUGUGAGGUCAAAAGGUGGUUUUAGGAGAAGAGUUUCAUUGAGGUUCA